UCCAGUUAUUCUCUCCUUUAACAGUUGUUUGUAAAGGUUCACCGCAACACACAACCGUUACUUUUAUUAAAGCAUCUGCUUAUAGCUUCCGGGUCGUUGGCGCACGUGGCUGUGUGCGCGUGUUGGUUCCCUAUGUUUACAUCGCGCCUCGGUUAGAUGGCGCUGAGGGUCGAGCGCACGUGCGAUGGCGUCUGUGUUCGUGCGCGCGCGGCGGUGUUCCGGAGUGUUGCGGGCGGGGUGUCGGAGCUGGAGUGAUGAACACAGCGAGGUCUUCUCCCAGGUGAAGAAGCUGAAGGUUGGCGGUGAUGAUGAUGCGAGUCCGCUGAGUCCGGAGCAGCUCGAGCGGAUCGCCAAGAGCAAGGCGGCGGCUUUGGAGCGGCUGUGUUCCCGCCGCGGGCCUGCGGAUGUCGGGGAGAGCUGGAGGAGAGCGCUGGGGCCGGAGUUCAACAAAAACUACUUCACAUCGUUAAUGAACUUCGUGGAAGAGGAGAGGCAGAAGCACACGGUGUAUCCGCCCCCGGGGCAGGUGUUCACAUGGACACACGUGUGCCAGAUUGAAGACGUGAAGGUGGUUGUUCUCGGGCAAGAUCCGUAUCACGGACCGAAUCAGGCUCACGGCUUGUGUUUCAGCGUGCAGAGACCCGUUCCACCACCACCAAGUCUGGUGAACAUGUAUAAAGAACUGGAGUCAGAUAUCGAAGGCUUUCAGCGUCCUGGCCACGGUGAUCUGACGGGAUGGGCAAAGCAAGGUGUUCUGCUGUUGAACGCGGUGUUGACUGUACGAGCGCAUCAGGCCAACUCGCACAAAGAUAAAGGAUGGGAGACGUUCACGGACGCUGUGGUGCAGUGGCUCAGCACUAACCUAGAGGGGCUGGUCUUCAUGCUCUGGGGCUCGUACGCUCAGAAAAAAGGCGCCGCGAUCAACAGAAAAAGACACCAUGUCCUCCAGGCUGUUCACCCGUCCCCUCUUUCCGCUCACCGUGGCUUCUUCGGGUGCAAACAUUUCUCGAAGACCAAUGAGCUGCUGCUGAAAUCUGGGAAAAAACCCAUAGACUGGAAAGCACUGUGAGUUUAGUGAGUGUGGAUGGAGAAGCUUAAUGCUGAGUCCAGAGUAAGCUGUAGGCUGUGUUGCAGUUACCCUAAACAGUUCUACACUAUUUUACACUGGAACUUGUCUUCAGGCCAUCUUCUGUUGUGAGUCCUUCAUUUUUCUGUUUUGUGGUUCUCUGCCGAUGUAAAUCUUUGGAAACACAUUGGACUGUUCUGUCUGUUCGUUUUUGUUUGUUCGUUUUUUUCCCCCCCCAAACAGCUACUUUAUACAUUUGCACUUUCUUUUAGAAUUUUUUUUUGUACAUUUUUAAAAAGAACAU